GUUUAAUAAAUUCAAUGAUACAUACGUUGUCUUAUGUCGCUAGGUAGUUUGUGCCCAUGUGAUUGCCAUGAGGCAUCAAUAAUCAAAAAUGUUGAGAUGAUGUAAAGUGUUAUUCUGAAUUUUAUACGUUAUGUUAAAUAUUACUGAUUAAAUAAACAUAGACCUUGAACUGAGAAUUAGAGUUUGAAUUAUAGCUUUGAUCAAAACUAUUUUUAUUCUGUAUAGAGAGAUAUAUUUGUUAUCUGCGCACCCUGUGUGAUUAUCGUUGAUUGAAUUAUUUAUUCUAUUUGUUGCGUUUAAUUAUAGUUAAUAUUAUGACAUCUAUAAAAACAUUACCUUUAGUAGAAGGUGCAAAAUUAAUUGUCCUUGAUGAAGGAGUGGAUGCAAUGUAUGCAAGAAAAUUAACUGCAGGAUGGAUAGAAAUGUGGAAAGAAAAAGAUUCUAAUUGUACGUUUGAAUUGUUAUUAUUUUCUGAUCCAAAGUCUGUGUAUCAAAAUGAACCUGAACCUUUUAUGUCGAAUAAUAUAAACAUUUGUGAUUAUUACACGGUAAAUGUAAAUGAAAUUGAUAUAAAUGUUCUUAACAAAAAAGAUAUUCAUAGUCUUGAACAUAUUCUGAAAAAUACAAACAUGAAAUCUAUAAUAAUCAUUGAUUGUUUGACAUCUUUAAUUUUAUAUGUUGGUUUAUCAAAGGCUUUAUGGUUCUUAGAGAAAUUAAACAAACAAACAUCACAGUUAAUAUGUAUUUACAGAAGAGAUUUUGUAUAUGAUAAGGUACCAUGCAUUGAAACUUUAGGAACUACAUAUGUAAAGAUAAUAAAAUCUUACAAAGCACAAACAAAUAACAAUUUUAAUUAUAUAACUGAAUAUAUACAUCGUAAAUUAGGUGGAGGAAUUUUAAAACAACAAGAACUAGUCAUUCAGAAUAAUAUGACAUAUGAAAUUCAAUCAGAGAAACUUAAAAUACAAAGUAAAAAGUUAGAUCUAAUACAUGAUGGUCAAAAACAGAAAGUUGAAUCUUCAUUUAGAAUAGAAAUAAAUGAAAAUGAAAUGAAACAAAGGGAAGAAACGGUAUUACCGUACACCCUUAACACAAAUGUAAUAAAUACAUCUAAAAUUCAUUAUCAACCAGAAGAUGUAGAUGACUUUGAUGAGGAAGAUCCAGAUGAUGAUUUAUGCUUCUAAAUAAUUUGUAAUUACGUUUUUAUAUCUAAGCUUGUAUUCCAUCAUUAAAUAUUAAAUUCAAAACACAACAUUAA